UUGCUGGUGAGGUUUUCAUCCCAGCUUAUAUCAAAUAAUUGCUGGGUAUAAAAUCCCCGUUUAAUAUCCGGGCCAUAGGUGAUACCUCGGGCGCCUCAUUCAUGCGUUUCUGCUUCUCGAAUCAUUCGAAUGUUUUGUUUAUCUCGUUAAGGUCAUUGGGAUCUCAUGCUCCUUUCCCCGUGAUGUGUGUAGUGCUGGGUAGGGUGUGAGGUUGUCUGGUUGCCGCGGAAUGGCUUGCAUUCGAUUCCCUGAAUUCCCACUCACACCACCUCGUCCAUCUUAGCCAACAAGUCCCUCGUCUUCGCCAUCGGUCCAUCCAGUCAUCGUCCAGAUCCUCGCGUGCGGUUGUGGCACUGGAAGAGACUGCGGAGCAACACGGCAUGCAGGUAAUCGAAAUGAAUUUUGAGAAUCCUUAAAAUAAUCGAAGCCCCUCUCCGACCUCCUGGAAUCUCCCUGCGACUUGCUGCGACUUGCAACACCUCCACUGGCCAACGGUCAACCUUACCUUGUUAUUCCCUGUCGGCCCCACGAGCCAGACCACAGUCUCCAGUGCUUAGGUGAGCGAUCAAGUCCGACGGGGGAGAGGAUUCGAUCGCAGCCGCCAGGCUACCCCAACAGUUUGUGCCACCACGGCUGCUAUCCGUCCGGCGGGUAUAUCUCGUCCAUAUCUUGUCCGAGUUCAACACAGAGAGACCGCAACACCACACAUACCCGCCCCCGUGUUCCAACCGAACGUUCGAAUACAUUAGUCUUGAGAGCUUCAGAACAAACGAUCUGGAGCGGGGCCCUGUCAGUUACAGCUGCUAGGACCGGGCUGUGCAGUCGCACCGACGAACCCAUACAACCCCCGGACGAGACCCCCCAGCAUUGGUUGGCGGUCAAGGUCUGCUCACCAAUAAGAAAAAAGGGUCGCAUGAAUCGGGCGAGAUGAGGUUUCCACACACUGUCGUCCCCUUCUGAAAGCGCUGCUCUCUUCUUUUUUUUCCAUGACCUCCAUCCCCAUCCUCCGAACUUGCUUCGUUUCGGCUUGCGCCUACACUCUUUUAUACCAACGCGACAGCCGCCUGCUGAACGCUCACAAGGCCGUCGUCGUCGCCAGAAGAACGACUCGCUACACCGCUCCCCGCCACCGCCUUCUUCGACGCCGCAGAGCUGCUUGGUCGGCCUUUGAUCCUGAAUUCCCCUCCUUGCGCAAGCCGUCACAACAACACUCGUUUAUCGCCCCCGACCCGCUUAUCAUUGAAAACAAACAACCACCACCACCACCACCACCACCAGCACAGAAGACCGAACCACCCCGCCCAAGAACACCCGUCACGCCAAAGAACCAACAGCACCCUUACUACAUGGAUCAGAUGAUUUCACCUAGAAGAAGCCUGGACGAUACAAUGGCAGGACAAGGAACACCAAACAAUCUACGGCGGCACGUCGCUAAUCGAGGAAUUGGAAGCCGAGGAAGCAGUCAAGACGACAUACGACCUCGAACAAUCCCCGAUGAUCUUCUCAGCUCGCCCAGUUCCCCCUUUGGUGGGUUCAGCGGGGGUCGCUCCUCACGAUCCACCUCCUCAGCCUCCAGAACCACCAACAGAUUAUCCCUGACCCUACCCAUCGCACCACCAAGUGCCUUCCCCUCCCGACCCGUCCCAGCAUCCACCACCGCAGCGACCUUUCCCCCAACACCAUUAGACACCCCCUCCUCCAUCAUGUCCCCGGUGGAGGGAAUCGACUUCAUCACCGCGAUAGCAGCGCAGGAGAGGCGAGUAAUGGAGCUGAGGGAAGAGCUGGACCGUGCCGAGGCCGAGCUGGCGAGGUUAAAAGACGAGUUUACCCUACACGAGGGAUACAAGAAAAGACCAACUAACAGGCGAAACCACGAAGCGUUGCGAUCGUUAAACUCGCCGGCGGAUUGUCACGACGAGGUUGCCAUCCGGAGGAGCAUUGAGCUGGACAGGAGGAAGACGUUGCUGGGGCAGCAGCACCAACAACAGCAACCUACACCGGAAAAGAGCCGGCGACGGGUAUUCACUGGUGGUCACGCGAGGAAACUCUCGCUGCUAUCACCGACAAAACCGGGCGAGGGCUUCUCCAUACAUGAAGACGGGCCGAACCAUCUGAAACUGGACUACGAUCCACAUGGUGUUCAUAACUAUGCUCCUGUUACUCCGAGCUACCUCGCCAAACGCGCCUCCUGGGCACCGAGGACUACACCCCAGCCUACAAGCGUUAAGCAGAUUGCCCAGGACCUCAAAUCAGGUAUCUGGACCUUCAUGGAAGACAUCCGCCAAGCGACGGUGGGCGACGAACCCAUCACCGGACAGGGCGUCUACCUCCGCGACAACACGGGCAACAUGCGCCAGACGAAAGUGGAGAGGAUGCUCCUUUUUGACAGCAGCGACCAGCAAGACACCAUCCGGCCCGCACACAAUCCUCGACCAAAGGUUUCGUCGGCAUUUGAUGAUUUGGCGACAAUGAACCCUAUCCCUACUACUGCCCAGGAAGAGGAGUUUAAACCACCACCACUCCCCCUCAGGAGAUCAAAAACGGAAGCGACAAAACCAACAAAGAGGUUCUCGUGGACGCCGCUGACGGCCGACUCGGUGGAUGAUAAUGACUGGUCGAAUUGGAAUAGCAGCCCGCCGACGGGUGGUGGUGUGUCGAGUCCGCGGUGGAGCGGGACGACGGUGAAUGGGGAUAUUAUGCCUAGUGAUCCGACCUCGCCGAAGAGGGGAGGGGAGGAGGAAGAGGAAGAGGAAGAGACGCCAUUGAAGAACAAAAGCUCGAAAUCGAGACUGAACAGCGGCGGCAACAACAAGAGGAACGGCUCAUCCCCCAACGGCACCGGGAAAUUGGAGGAGUUGCUCCCGCCUGUACUCAACAAGCUCACCCCGUCCAAUAUCAAGAAGAUGGGGAGUGAGUUUAUGAAGGAAUGGGAACGGAGUUUGAGCCCGCCCGAGCAGCAGCGGUAGCAGGGGAGAAAGGAGAAGGGGAUUUAAAGGGUUCAUCCCUCUUCUAUUGGCUGCCUUCUCGUUUCGGGGGAUGAGUUGACUUGUGGAGCUAUUUGAGAAAGAAGAUGAGGGAUCAGAAGAGUUGGAAGAGGGGGAUACCCCAGUGUCUGUUUUGGAGUUGAAUGGUUUGUUGGAAAUCGUGUUGGAAGAGAGAACGUGUUGGAAUACUUUCAAACAGAGAGAUGUGGGGGAAAAAAAAGGUAGCGAGAGGGCUGGGAUAUUAUGCGUUUUCGCUUCUUUGGCGGCGCAUUGAUCGAGAUAUAUUUGGGUCAUGGUUUGAUUCUAGUUCGGAUGGUUAUUAGCUGGCUGGCUGGUUUGGCUUCUCAAAGUUUGUUGGAAAUAUUUGGUUGGCAAAGGCUUAUAUGGAUGGUUGGUAUGGGGUUCUAUCUGGAUGGCUAUGGAUAGGCAGGCAGGCGGGUUGUUAUCUGGUUUGAGAAGGAGAGAGAGGGUGAGAAAGAGUCACUUGCUGCUGUUGAUGUUUUUGUUGCUUGUUUAUAACGAUAACGACCCAUCCCAACUGGAUAUGAUGUAUGGUAUAUAAUGACGGUUGAAAUACAGAAAAGUCUCGAACUAUUCUGC